CUCGUAGGCACCCACGCAUUUGAGUGAUAAUGACUUCAUACACACACAAAGGACCCAAGCCAGAAUCCGGAAAAUUCGUCUGCUUCGAUCAUGUGACAUUUAGAGUCGGCAAUGCAAAACAGGCAGCUUCGUUCUACUGUACUCGAAUGGGCUUUGAGCCCUUCUUGUACAAGGGCCUGGAAACCGGCAGCAGACAGAUAGCAGCCCAUGUGGUGAGGCAGAACAAGAUUUUAUUUUCAUUCCAGUCAAUGUUAGAGCCAUAUACACCACAAGAUUUUGGUGACCAUUUAGUCAAACAUGGAGAUGCUGUGAAGGACAUUGCGUUUGAAGUUGAUGACCUGGAUGCCAUUUAUGAGCGUGCUAUGGCUUGUGGAGCAGUUAUUGUCCAUGAACCAUGGGAGGAGUCUGAUGAACAUGGCACCAUUCGGAUGGCCACUGUUCAGACAUACGGCGACACAACGCACACGUUUGUCGACCGAUCAAAAUACAAGGGUCCUUUCAUGCCAGGAUACAGGUCCGAAAAGAAGAAGGAUCCCGUUUUGAACAAACUCCCUGCCGUGAAUCUAUUGCUCGUGGACCACAUUGUCGGCAAUCAGCCAGAUAAGGACAUGGUUAAUGCUGUAGAAUGGUAUGAAAAGAAUCUGAUGUUUCAUCGUUUCUGGUCUGUGGAUGAUGAACAAAUGCAUACAGAGUACUCUGCCCUUCGAUCAAUUGUCGUGUCAAACUACGAGGAGACCAUCAAAAUGCCGAUCAAUGAACCCGCACCUGGAAAAAGAAAGAGUCAGAUUCAGGAAUUUGUGGAUUAUUUUGGAGGAGCGGGAGUGCAGCACAUUGCAAUGAAGACUGAGAAUAUCAUUGAAAGUAUUACGAAUCUUCAGCAACGAGGAAUGCAAUUCCUAGACAUUCCUAACAAGUAUUAUGACAACCUACGAAAGCAACUCGCAAACUCCAAGGUUACAGUGAAAGAGGAUCUUGAUACUCUUCAGAAGUUGCACAUACUGGUGGACUUCGAUGACAAUGGUUACCUGCUCCAGAUCUUCACGAAAAACAUGCAGGAUCGUCCAACUCUGUUCUUGGAGGUCAUCCAGAGAUGUAACCAUAGCGGUUUUGGUGCUGGAAACUUCAAGUCCCUGUUUGAGGCUAUAGAAAUGGAACAAGCAGAACGAGGAAAUCUCUAAUGAGGAAUUGAAAUUCUUGAAAGCUCCUGCCAAGAAUGUUCAAUCUUUUCAACAGUAGCUGUGUAUGAUACUUAGAUAUGUGGGUAAAGGGGAUUGCAUUACAAUAGACUGAUAAGUGUGUUGUGAAACUCGUAAUGAAGUGCCAGUCUAGAGAAAACAUAAUGCUGGUUUUAAUCAUUUCAGAACAUUUCUUCAGAUAAAGAUUGCUAUAGAAUCAUCUCUUGAGAAAUUGUUUUAAUUUUUCAUAAUUAAUUAAAUGCAAGUGUUUGCAUGCUAGAAAUAAGUUUAUCACAUUCUGAAGACCAUUCACUGGAAGUAAAUUAACAGUACUGUAGAUAAAAGUAUUCAAAAUGAGUAUUAUUAAUCCAAAUAUCAGUAUUAAAAAUAUGUAUGCUAUGCAUGUAGUCAACAGCAAUCGGGAUACUAAUCUGGUACAGGCUUGCUUUGAUGUAUUUUAUAAUCACUUAAAUAGUUUGAUUUAUCUAUUAAAGAUAGAACCUAUUUCAAAUUUAUUUUAAUUUCUGUGAUUAUUUACAUAUUUAUCAAGUGUGCAGAUUUGUAACUACCUAAAAGAGACCCCACCAAAAAAAAAAGAAGAAAAGAAAUCUGUUACAUUUGAUCUAAUUCUAAGUUAUAAGCUUACUUAGAGGUUUUACUUGUUUAAAAUUAAGUUCUAGAAAUUCUUGCCUAGAUUUUCAAAAAAUGGAAACGGAAUAUUAGCAGUUACAUAAUCACUUAAGUGACUAUAAUCAUGUUCAGUUUCUUUACAAUUCAUUCUAGUUAUGUCAGUGUUAUUUUCCGUUGUACACAAGUAUAAUUACUUAAAGGUGUAUGACCGGUUUCCACAGUGAAACUAAGCUGUGUAUAUAUAAAGAAAAGGUAUUGUGCUCAUAGACAAUCAUAUUAAAGUUUUAAUCAUCGAAAUAUCUCCAGAAUGUAUUUUCGGUGCUUAUUGUAGAAUGUUUCUUUUGCUUUUGAAAACCAUAGCAAUAGGCCUCUAUCCAAAAUGAGUCGUGAUUAAUGCAUAUUCAUAUUUAAUUCUACCUCACAAUCAAUAAAUCGGUUUAUUUUUAUCAGAUUUAUAUGAUAGAAUGUUACACGAUAAUGUGAUAAUAAAAUUAAAUGGAUGUGAACAAGUAUUAUUAAAUAUAAUGUUAUUGCAUUUAAGUGUAGGUUUCCAGAAUGGAUAUCACCCUCCCCCCCCCCCCAAAAAAAAAGAAGAAAAAAAAAAGAAGAAGGAUUGGUCCAAUUCUUUAUAUUCCAGUAAAUAAUUGACAUCAACAUCCAAUAUUAGCUGGUGCUGAUAAUGAUCUUAAUUACAUAUGAAGUCUUUACAGAAAUUCUUAUUUGUAUGCAUGUUCUGUUAAUAUUAUUAUGCUUUCCAUGAGAAGUGAAGGUCUAUUUGGAAAUAUUUAUGAGACUUUGACUUUGAGUGUUUUUACAUGCCCCUAUACCACUAAGGUUUCAGACAUUAUUUAUGAGAAACAGGUUUUUAAAAUUUUAAACAUGUGGUUGUUUGUUUGUAAACAUUUCUUUAACGUUCAUAACUUAAGUCAUUUAGUCUUCCAACAGGUUGGGUAUGUUUAGUACAUAAUAAUAUAUAACAUAUUUAAUUUAUUUCUACAUAACAUUUUCAUGUACUUUGGCUGGAUCAAAUAAGAUACUGAACUUUUAUAAUGCUUUUUUGAAUACAAGUUGAACAUUUGUUAAACAUUUCUUUUCAUGCACAUUUUAAAUGUGUUUUAGUUUUUAAUGAGAAGUUAAUUAUACUUAUCCAAAUAAAGUACAAGUUUUGGUCAUCUUUUAUUGCCACAUAUUGCUGACAGAAAUAUCUGCAAAACUUUAAUAUCUAAAGUGAUGAUUGAACAUAUAAAUAUUUCGAAAUUUUUCAAAACGUUUCUUGGCAGUUCCAGAAUUUUGUGGGGGUUUGGGUUUUUUUUUAAACAGACUUGUAUAUAAUCAGUAUUUAUGGUUGUAUUGAAAACCAGCAGAACCCUGGUAUUAAAUGGUUGGCUUAAUAAUAAUAAUGUUUAUUAAAAUAGUUGUAUGGUUGAACUAAAUCUAAUCUUUUAGAAAUAAAUGACUAGAAUUUUUAAUGUUAUCAUAUGUUGUGAUUUUAUUUCAGUGUUCAUAAUAUUUAUGCUUUAAAACAACCCUAUACUCAACAAAACAUGUUUAACAAAUUAUGUUACUCAAAGAUUUCUUAUUAAUUUGCAUUUGUGAUAGAUUCAAAACCUCUGUUGUUUACAAACAACAUCAGUGCUACUGUAAAGGUUGGACAUAUCCAUUCUUUAUGGCUCAGAAACAUUGUAAUAAUAGAUUUAUAGAUGUCUGAAUAUGCAUUUGGUGAUAUUUAAGUAAUCGGCAAGGUAGUUAUAAUUAUCCAAAAUUACAGAUUCGUCAUUUAGUGUACAGUAAAUUAUUGUACAAAGAUUGCGGACAUAUUCUAUAAACAUACUUACAUUAAUGUUUUGGGGUUUUUCUAAGCCUUUUUAGUCAAGUAUAGUAAACAAAACUAUGCACAGUCUAUCUGAAGACUAGUUUAUAUAUAGUGAUGUACCAAAGGGAAUCAGCCUUUAAUCGGUGUGUUUUUAGUUUUUCAUUAUAAAUGUUUUAAUGUCGUCUGCAUGCCAAAUUAAUGAAGUAUUAAGUUAAUGUGAUUUUAAAUAUGUUUACAGAAGCAUUUAGAAUAAUUCAUGGUUUCAUUUGCUCUUGCACGCAUUUAGAUCAAAGUGUGAAUUAUUUUCAUGUGUGAAAAUAAGUACAUGGGUUUUUUGUGAUAAAUGAAUGGAAAGAACUUGGUACCGUAAUGAUGUGAAAUCAGAAUGUGUUUUUUGUCUGUUGUGGAAGGAUUAUUGCAAGCUCUAAAUACAUGUCAUUCAUCAUCAUUGCAGAAAAUGAAACCUACAAAUAAAAAAAUCCACCGAUAACCUGGUGUGGUUUAGCUGUCUGAUAAAUCAUACAAGAUUGGAUGUAAGUACAAACCGAUGUGCUGAUCCUGAUAUAUAUAAGAUCUCACAUUUUUCAAGGGAAUUUGGAAUUCCAUUCUUGUAAUGAAAUUGUUCGAAUCCUGUAACAUCGAUCUUUUUUUUUUUAACAGUUGGGUAGUAAAAAGUCUUUACUCAGAUGAUAACUACAAUUGUUUAUUGGAUUCAGAUUUUAAAUUAACUAGUCACUUAAUGCAUUGUAGUUUAAAAAAAACUACAAAAAAAAACAAUCCCUAGAAUUGGUAAGUACUAUUACAGACCCAAAGUCGAGAUUCUGUGAUUUUAUUAGAACUACACACAUAGUGCUGGUUAUUUUGCACAAACACUGAACCUACUGUAGACAUUGGUUUUAUUUUUAUGAAUGACAUCUGUGUUUAGAGCCUUUCUCCUUCCAUGUUGUCAAGUAUAAAUGAAGGUAGUACAUAUGCGGAAAAUGGCCGUUUUCGAAAAGGUUUGGAUAGAGGUUUAGAAUGGAUUGUUGUGGAUGUAUAUAGUAUUAUUCGGUGACAUAGUCUUCAUCUAUGUUCUGGUGGCCCACUCUGGCAGCUGAUUUUGAGUGUGAGAGACUUUGUACAGUAUUCAUAUAUAAAAUAGUUACUCUUAAUCCAGUACGCUUUAUAUGUAA